AUGGGUUCCGCCGACCCGAUCCCGCCGCUCCCGAACGACCUCGCCGCGCUCAAGGAUGAAGGCAACGACUACUUCCGCGGCGGCGACUUCCUGAAAGCCGCGUCGGCGUACACCAAGGCCAUCAAGGCGCGCGCCCGGCCUCCGCCCUCGCGUCAUCUUUUCGUUUUUCUUCAGUUCUCUUCGCGCGCGCUUUUGGAUCUCGAUCGAUCGCUCGUUCGCUCGCUCGCUCGACUGACGCCGCCUCGUCCCCUCGCUCGACGAUUCGAUCGACACAGACCGCGGGCAAGGACGCGACCGAGCGCGUCGAGCUCGCCCCGGUGUUCAGCAACCGAAGCGCGUCGUUCCUCAAGCUCAACAAGGCGCGUCCGCGGACCGAGGGUGCCCACGGUCAACUCUCUCUCUCUCGCCCGCUCGCGCGCGUGCCUUUUUUCUCACGCGCGCCGUCGUCCGUCCCUCUCUCCCUCCGCGCAGGUGAAGCAAGCGCUGUCGGACGCGGACGUGUGCGUGAAGCUCCGACCGGAGUGGGAAAAAGGCUACUUCCGGCGCGGGUGCGCGCUCGAGGCGAACGACGACGACGACGGCGCGAUGGAGGCGUUCGAGCUCUCGCUGAAGCACACCCCGGGCGGGUCCAACCCCGAGAUCGCGAAGAAGCUGAAGCACCUGAAGAAGAAGUCCAAGCCGUUCGUCUUCCCGAAAGCGAAGAACCUCGCCACCCCGGACGCGCCGGCGGACCCGAAAGCGAAGGCUGGCCCGACCGGCGACGCGAGGUGGCUUCUCACCGCGAAGUCGCCCUCGGAGCCGGUGAGCGCGCGCGUGGACGCGGUAAACGCCGUAGGCGCGUGGCUGUCGGCGCACCUCGAGAAGAUUUUGAAACGGCCCGCCGGGGACGUCGCGUGGUUCUUCGAGGACCAAAAGGUGGAGGCGUUCUUGGACGCGGGGGUGUUCGACACGAUGCUCGACGUGCUCACGCACACGGUGUGCGCGAUCAUCGCCGCGGAGAGCGGCGGGGGGGAGGACGCGAAGGCGGCGGCGGCGGCGGGCGCGGAUCUCGCCGGCGCCGCCGCGGGGGUGCUACACAACCUCCUCCACCCCGCGCUCAGGGCGUGGAACACGCGCGCGCAGCACCAGACGUUGCUGUCGACGCUGUGCCAGGUCCUGCGGAUGGUCGGGAGCCCGUUGAACGACCCGAAAGGGACGAAGAUCAGCGCGAACGCGGAGACGAAGCAGUUUACGAUGUUGGUCGCGAAGAUUCUCGGAAACGCCGGCGCGCUCGGGGCGCUGUGCGGGCAGAACAUGCUCUUCCGCGCGAGGCUUCAGAUGAUGCGCGCGAUCGUGCAGAGAGAACGGAAGGACGGGAAGGAGGAGGAGCUCGCGACGAAGAUGAUCGAGUCCGCGCGCGCGUUUGUGAUUCUCCGACGGUGCCGGUUUGGAAAGUCGUCGGACGCGGCGGCUGAGGACGGCGCGCGGACGCCGGCGCCGGCGUGGGAGCCCGUGCUCGACCGGCUCCUCACGGACGAGGGCGCGGACGAGAUCAGGGACGAGAUCGCGGCCGUGGUGGACCAGCACUCGCUGCUCGCGGGCGCGUUCAAGAAGUUCGGGUUCGAAGGGUCCGUCGGCGUCUAG